CCUCAGAGGCCCGGCAUUCCACAGCCACUCGAGCGCCGCGCGCUGGGGGUUGAGCACUGUCCUAGCAGUGCCCGAGCGCUCCUGGGCUCCGAGGAGCCGGACUCGUUCCUGGCGCUGGCUGGGGUUGAGAUUCUAGGGCUGGGGGCCGCUUCCGGCUGCCGGAUCCCGCUUGAUCCUGGAUACCUGGAGAAGCGCUGGGCAGUCCGGGCGCCAGGAACUUUCCGCAGACCUGCUGAGAUCCGGCGUUGGCGGGGGCCUCAGGGUUUGAAAGCAGCACCGCGGCUCCGGGGCCCCAGCCUGAUCAUCCUGUGACCCUGGGGACCCUUGCCAGAGGCUUCUCCUUCAUCUUGGAACUUGCCCAGAGUGAGGCGGCAUGGAUGCCAUCAGCCAAUCCCCCAUGGAAGCUGUGCUUCCCAAGCACAUCCUGGAUAUCUGGGCCAUUGUCCUCAUCAUCCUGGCCACCAUCGUCAUCAUGACCUCCUUGUUGCUGUGUCCAGCCACUGCCGUCAUCCUCUACCGCAUGCGGACUCACCCAGUGCUCAAUGGGGCUGUUUGAGAACCACCCAAAGCCCCGGCAGGGACGAGGAUGCAAGUCCCUUGCCCCAGCCUGUUCUCAGCAACACAGUGGGAAGGACUUGGGAGGUUGCAUUCUGGUCUACCUCUGUGAGUUCCGGGUUCACUGGCUUUCAACCAGGGAUCAUGAUCUCUGCCCUUCCUACCUCAUAGGGUUGUGAGAACCAAGUGACAAAGCUGUUUGAGAACAGUGAAGCCACCACAGAUGUCCAGGUGUCACGCCAAGAGCUGAGAAGCUUUGAAGAAGCCAAGAGCCUAAAAGCUGGUGAUGGCCUUUAAGGUGGUGAGGGAGACACUGGGGACACAGCAGCCUUUUCCUGUGCCCCUCAAACCAAGCGAAGGGUACCCUGCCCCCAUUCCCAGGGGCUAGAAACACACUGGCUCAGGAUUGGUUUCUUUGAAGCAUCACUCCCUUAAAUUUUCUCCCUUGUCAAGGAGGGCAGGAGCUGAACAUGGCAGGGAGAAGGGAGUUGAGUUAAGCUGUCCAGAAUCUCUUCUGUGCCCAAGGUUUUGCCCCUGUAUACUCUGGAGGAAGGCUCUGCCAUUGUUUGGCAAUGCCCAGGGAGUUAGGGUUAGGGGCUUCUUUCUGCAGGGGAGUCUCAUUUCUCUGUAGCUUUGCCACUCAGGCAGUGUUGGAAAAUGCAGGGUGUCCAAUACCCUGCUCAGCUUUCAGGAUCUGCAGUCCCCAAACCCUGUGUGCCCCACACUAGAGAUGCUACAUCCCUCUGUCCCGGCUCCUGCUGUCAUUAGCUCCACAUAUACUCCUUACUCCCUCCCACCAGAACUGCAGUCAAAUACAAGGUAUUUGUAUUUUAAGAGACGUUCUCAAGACUUUCGGAACUAACUCAAGCCAGUGAUGAUUAUUUUAGAUGCUAUGAUUUGUAUUUAUAUAGAGAUAUUUCUGGACCACUCAAGCUGUUUGAUAUCCACAUCAGGAGCAUCCUGGGAUUUAUUAAACUAUGUAACAAGAUAGCACAGAUAUUAGGAUAUUAUUGUGUAAAAAUGAUGCUUUUACUUUGAUCUUAUUUCAUUGACGUACACAACCAAUUUCCAAUAAAAUACUAGAAUGACCUUA